AUGCCUGGCACCAUGAGAAUCUUUCCCUUAACCAUGGCUGGCCUCAUUCUUCUUGCUCAGAUUUUCUCAGGCAGGGGAGGAGUUCGAAGGGAAAUCCGUUGCGAGAAGAUGGAUGGCCGCUGUGAGGUUGAAUGCCUUUCCUUUGAAGUAAAGAUUGGGGGCUGCAGAGCUGAACUGACACCGUUUUGCUGCAAAAAGAGGAUAAAAACUUAA